AUGAAUGAUGAGGUGUUGGAAAGCCAAAAACAUGGAGAAAACUCUCGCAAGGAUUCAGAAACUCUUAAGAAGCACUAUGUUGCAGGAACACCGCACGUGUUGUUGAAGCCUAUAGCCAAUAUAGACGAGCCAGCUUGCCAUAGCAGCUCCUUUGAUUCUUCUGCAGAUGAUACUCGAGAACCUGGAUAUCAUGUGAUGGAAAUUGUUGAAAGUUCAAGAACAAAAGCCUAA